AUGGGAAGAACAUGGCUGGGUCUACCAGUUGGACAGCACUUGUUGGCUCUGGGACACAGACAUUUUCCAAACAAAUGGCGAAACCUGAUGGAUUUCAGAAAAUUCAGGCUGUUCAUUUGCCUUGUAGGGCUCAGCUGUGCUACCUUCUGGGUUUUUUACAACAAUUUGACUGAAUACUGCAUGUUCUGUGAAAACAGCCAAAAUUACGUAUUCUCCACUGAGCCUUUUAGGAGGAUUGGAGGAAACUUCUUGCAGCUCCCAGAUAUAGACUGUGGCAAGAACCCACCUUUCCUCGUCCUCCUUGUGGCAUCCUCACCCCACCAUGCGGAUGCCAGGAUGGCCAUCCGGCAAACCUGGGGGAAGGAGAGAACAGUUGCUGGCAAGCACCUGGUGACAUAUUUCCUCCUGGGAAACACUGUGAACAUCAGCCAGCAGGCUGAGAUUGCUGCUGAAAGCCAAAAGUACAAGGACAUUAUUCAAAAGAAUUUUACAGACACCUAUUACAAUUUGACUUUGAAGACUAUGAUGGGAAUUGAAUGGAUUCACAGAUUUUGUCACCAGUCCAGCUUUGUGAUGAAAACAGACACAGAUGUGUUUGUCAAUGUUUUUUACCUCACAGAGUUGCUUCUAAGGAAAAAGAAGACGACUGGAUUAUUCACAGGCUUUUUAAAACUGCAGGAGAUCCCCAUAAGGACAAGAGAGAGUAAGUGGUACGUGAGUACAGAAGAGUACCCAGGAAAGACCUACCCACCGUUUUGUUCUGGGACUGGCUAUGUUUUAUCCACUGAUGUUGCUAGUCAGAUCUAUAAUGUUUCAGAGAGUGUUUCUUUCAUUAAACUGGAGGAUGUAUUCAUAGGACUAUGUCUUGCCAAAUUAAAAAUUCGGCUAGAGGAGCUUCAUUUGGAGCAGACCUUCUUUCCAGAAAAAAUUGAGUUCUCUGUUUCUCGCUUUAAGAAAAUUGUGAUGUGCCAUGAAGUAGAACCAUCUGAGCAGUUGAGCUACUGGGAUCUCUUAGUGACAGAAAAUCAUGGAGGAGUGUUCUAG